AUGUCUCAGUCGCAACGUACGUUCGUUUUUCGCAAUACGUUUGCAGCUUCUGUUUCAUCCUUGGAUAUUGACGAACAAACUACCCAUGAACGUUCUGUUACGCCAACGAAUAAUAAUGGCAACACGAAUAGAGAAGAGACAAACACAACACCCCUUGCUAGUAGCUCUACUCAGAGCACUCCAACCAGUGCAGAAGCAGAUGCAUAUAAGCAGACAAUGUUAAAUGGUAGAGACAGUCAAGUCACAUUCGCUACUGCUCUCAGUAAAGGCAUGAUUUCUCAUCCUCACUGGACUGUUUCAGAAACUAAAUCUCUCAUUGAGGCAGUAACCAGGUUCUAUAGUCGUAUGGUGCAGGCUAGGACGAAUAACAUGCUGGGUUCUGUCUGGGAAGACGUGUUGUACGAAUUUAACUUAGGAAAGCCUUUCCGACGUAGCCGAAGAGCUUGUCAAGACAAGUGGCACCAACUUGUAAAGCAGUAUAAGGACGCAGAUGAACAGAGAGCUAGGGAUGGGUCUUGUAGCUUUCUAUACUAUGAUGAAAUGCAUAGGGUGCUAUCAAGGGAAACACCUGCAGUCAAUCCUAUGUUUACUUCUUUUUCUAUUGGCCAUCAAGAACAGCAACAGCAACAAGAAUCACCUCAACCAGUUCAAGAGCUACAGCAACGAUCACCGCAACCUCACCAGCUGCCACCUCAGACCCAACAGCUGCUUCCUCAACUGCAACAAUCGCCUACACAGCAGCUACCGCCUCAGCAACUUCCACCUCAACAGCAAUCUCAAACACCUCAACCACCGCCUCCACUGCAACAACAUCAACAUCAACAACAACAGCAGCAACAGCAGCAACAACAUCAACAGCAACAGGAACAGGCUCCUCAGGGUGCCCCCCUAACUCAUUUACAACAAAAUCGACAAAUACAACCACCCAAUGCUCCACCUGUGCAACAGGAGCAUCAACAGAUACCAACUACGACUUUGCAGGCUAGUCGUAUUAUCAAUAACACCAGUUUGCCACCAGAGCAAUCGGCCCAACCUAUUUCCUUAAGAUUGACACAGCAGCAGGCUGUACCCAAUGUGAUCUAUAACCACGAUGAUUCUACAAGACCAGAUAUGGUUGAAGGAAGACCGAUAAUAAAGAAAAGACGUACAAAUACCACUGAGGAAUUAUUGGAGAACCUGCUACUGAAACAAGAAGAACUAAUUAGCGUCAUUAGAGAGCAAACUGAAUUACAAAGACAAUCCCAGACUGUCCCAAAUUUAAUCAACGAAGACCCAAGUAUAACUACUCCCAAGAACUCAAGUUUUAUGGAUCUUCCUUGGUCUGAAUUCUCUAAGCUAUUAAAACAUCCUACAUCUUCAAGUACAAGUAUUGCUAGCUCAAGUACUAGUAGCAAUCAAAGUUCAGAUAAUGAAGAAGAAGAGAACUUAUCCUUGGGUAAUUGGGACUCAAUGACUGGCUACCAAGACAUCAAUCAUGGACAUUCUCUAUAA